CUAACUUUUCUCUUUGAAAAUUUCAGGACCGUGAUUCGUGGGAGAGGUAACUAGUAGAGAAGAGAAGCCUUUUUCUGUAUCCAAAACCCAACAGCGAUUGUGAAACAGGCGAUGUGCGCACGGUGCUUCAACACUAUCCGCUUUAGAAACAUAUGCAGCACCAGCUCAUUAUUCCGCGACUCGAAAUCAAAUCUACGUCUCACAAAAAAUGUUUCUUUACGGAGCUCGAAUAAAGGCAGCUCCAAGAACCCAUCUUCCAUUUCAGACGCAGAGGUUGUAAAAUGGAACAUGACCAUCAGUGAACACAUGCGGAAUGGACAAUGCGAUUCGGCCCUCCAUUUGUUCCAAACCAUGCCCCGCCGAACUUCGGUUUCCUGGAACGCCAUGAUCUCUGGUUACCUGAUGAAUGAUAGAUUUGACCUUGCUCGUCAUUUUUUUGAUAAAAUGCCUAGUAGAGAUCUUGUUUCUUGGAACGUUAUGCUAAGUGGGUUUGUAAAGAAUCGCAACCUUAGUGGGGCUAGAUUUCUGUUCGACAAAAUGCCUAAACGAGACGUUGUUUCAUGGAAUACCAUGUUGUCGGGUUAUGCCCAGAAUGGAUAUGUCGAUGAAGCAAGGGAGAUUUUUGACCGGAUGCCGAAUAAGAAUUCCAUCUCAUGGAACGGGAUUCUUGCUGCGUAUAUACAGAAUGGGGGAAUUGAUUCUGCUUGUCAACUUUUUGCAUCGAAAUCAGAUUGGGAGAUUGUUUCCUGGAAUUCAAUGAUGGCAGGUUAUGUGCGCAAGAAGAGACUGGUUGAUGCACGGAACCUUUUUGAUAGAAUGCCUGAGCGAGAUGAAGUUUCUUGGAAUACCAUGAUCACAGGUUAUGCGCAGAAUGGAGAAUUAUCAGAAGCACAGAAAUUGUUCGAACAGUCUCCAAUUAGGGAUGUCUUCACGUGGACAGCAAUGGUGUCUGGGUAUGUACAGAAUGGGAUGUUGGAGGAAGCCAGGAAAAUUUUUGAUGAAAUGCCUGAGAAAAACGCUGUUUCAUGGAAUGCAAUGAUUGCAGGGUACGCACAGUGCAAGAGGAUGGACUUAGCUAGGGAAUUGUUUGAGGCAAUGCCAUGUCAGAAUAUUAGUUCUUGGAAUACUAUGAUUACUGGAUAUGCCCAGAGUGGAGAGAUUGAUCAUGCUCAGAGUUUGUUCGAUGAGAUGCCUCGGCAUGAUUCCAUUUCUUGGGCAGCUAUUAUUUCUGGUUAUUCUCAGAAUGGUCUUAGUGAAGAGGCUUUACGCCUUUUCAUAGAGAUGAAGAGAGAUGGAGAGAGGAUGAAUAGGUCUACAUUCACCUGUGCCCUAAGCACAUGUGCGGAUAUUGCAGCUUUGGAAUUUGGGAAGCAAGUUCAUGGGCGGCUUGUUAAGGCUGGAUACGAGACGGGUUGCUAUGUUGGGAAUGCACUUCUUGCAAUGUAUUGCAAGUGUGGUAGCAUAGAUGAAGCAUACGAUGUCUUUCAUGGAAUGCCAGAGAAAGAUUUAGUUACAUGGAACACAAUCAUAAUGGGUUAUGCCAGGCAUGGAUUUGGCAAGGAGGCUUUGAAAGUUUUUGACUCAAUGAGAGAGAUGGGUAUCAAACCAGAUGACGUCACCAUGGUUGGUGUUCUGUCAGCGUGUAGUCAUACUGGUCUACUAGAUAAAGGUACAGAGUACUUUUACUCAAUGGAAACAACCUAUGGUAUAACACCAAAGGCACAACAUUAUACCUGCAUGAUUGACCUUCUCGGCAGAGCAGGACAACUGGAAGAUGCUCAAGCUCUUAUGAGAAACAUGCCUUUUGAACCUGAUGCUGCAACAUGGGGUGCUCUACUUGGUGCAAGCAGGAUUCAUGGAAAUACCAAAUUAGGUGAAGAGGCUGCUGAAAAAAUUUUUCAGAUGGAGCCUGAAAAUUCUGGGAUGUAUGUUCUCCUCUCAAAUUUAUAUGCAGCUACAGGUAGAUGGGGUGACGUAGGUAAGAUGAGAUUGAUUAUGAGGGACAAAGGAGUGAAGAAGGUUCCAGGAUACAGUUGGAUAGAGGUUCAGAACAAGGUUCACACAUUCUCAGUUGGGGAUUCAGUGCACCCUGAGAAAGCCAGAAUUUAUGCUUUUCUGGAAGAAUUAGAUCUGAGGAUGAAGAGAGAAGGAUAUGUUUCCAGAACUAAGCUGGUUUUACAUGAUGUGGAAGAAGAGGAGAAGGAGCAUAUGCUUAGGUAUCACAGUGAAAAACUAGCUGUUGCAUUUGGGAUUUUGACUGUACCACCAGGACGACCAAUUCGUGUGAUCAAGAACUUACGGGUGUGCGAAGAUUGCCACAUUUUUGUCAAGUACAUAUCAAAGCUUAUGGGGAGGUUGAUAAUCUUGAGGGAUUCUAACCGCUUUCAUCAUUUUGAUGGAGGUUUGUGUUCUUGUGGGGAUUACUGGUGAAGUUGAAGUGAAUGGCUGAUAUAAUGUUGAAGAUUGUUGCAAAAGAUCUUAAUUGCUGAUCCAUUCGUGAAAGCCACAGGGAUUGCAUUCAUGCACCUUGGAAUGGUAAAAAAUUCCUUUUACAGAGAGUUGACGACUCCUGGAAGUACAAAAUCAAGGUGGACAAUGUUUUUCCUGUAAGUUGGAGCUAUGAAGGACUCCUUUUUGUUUGGGACAUUGUUAAAUUGUUAACAAGCAUGGGUCAGUAUGUUGUAACCCUCUUUGAGAGGGAAAAAAGGAUCAUUAAUGUUGGAUGGCUGUUCUUCAAGGCAAUUAGGAAAAGCAGAAUGGAUCAGGUCCAAGGUUACUUUAAUUAUUUGCCAUAGGAACUAACAAUCUGGAGAGACAAUUGGCAUAGAAAGGUGUUCUUUUCUUUUGGUUAGAACAAAAAGUUCUGCAUUUUAGCUGACAGUUUGGGGUAUUUUUGCACUUUGCAACAACUCAGGAGAAAAUUUAAUGACUGUGAUUUGUGAAACAUUGUCUGAUGUAGGACGGGAAGGAGAAAGUCCUACUAGGAUGAAGAUGGUAGUAAAAGAAGCUAAGAGGAAGAGAUUCAAAUCUGAAAAGAGAAGAAAAGGUAAAGAAAGUGAAGGAACAUUGUGCCUUUGGAAGAAAAAGAUGGACAAAGAGAGAAAGUAUCAUACAAUUAUCUACAGAGUUCCAUUAUUCUCUAUAUGAAGCGCCUGCAGCCAUUUGUAUUUUGUAAAUUUUGGGCCAUUUCUCAAUUAUGGUACUGGCUAUCAAGGGUCUUGGCAGGAUAGAUUGGAUAGGGAUCUGCCGAUCUAAUCUUUGGUAUUCUUCUCUUUUGCAUGGAAUGCUGUCAGGCGUGAUGGAUGUUCUCAUGCUUGUCAGCCAAAGAUUUAAUAGACAUUGCCCCAAGAAAUGGCUACUUAUUUCUUCUUAUUGAUGCACAAGAAAUAAAUUAUACAAGAGUGGAAUUGAACACAAAGAGGAUCACCUUGUUAUGGAGAAAGUGAAGGCAACAAAAAUACAAUGAAAAAAAUAUGUUUUCUCCAAUACAUUUUCAUCUAUACAUGUAUUCAUUGGCAAGAACCUGCCAAUUUAGCGCUAACUAAAUUAAACUCAUCAUAAUCUGUCAAUGUAUUGUUUACU